AUGAUGAUGGGGAGGCGCGCCGGCAUGGCGGUGGCGGUGGCGCUCCUGCUGGCGCUGUCGUCCUGCGGCGUGGCGUCGGCGAGGGGACCGAUCAGGAGACCCCGCAAGAAGACGCUGCCGCCAGGGCAGAAGCCUCCGCCAAACUCCAAGUUCUUCCCCAUCACCCCCGGCAGAUUUGGGCACAAGCGCAACUACGAGGCCUCCUGCGCCGACGAGAACGGUCCGUCCUGCUACGUCGGCUGCCCUUCCGAUUGCCCAAACUCCUGCCUCGUCUUCUGCGACUACUGCCUCGCCUUCUGCCCUUGUGACAUCUUCCCGGGCACCUCCUGCGGCGAUCCGCGCUUCACCGGCGGCGACGGAAACACCUUCUACUUCCACGGCAAGAAGGACCAGGACUUCUGCAUCGUCUCCGACGCCGACCUCCACAUCAACGCCCACUUCAUCGGCAACCACAACCCGGCCCUCAACCGCGACUUCACCUGGGUGCAGGCGCUGGGCGUCACCUUCGGCGACAACCACCGCCUCUACGUCGGCGCCCGCAGGGGCCCUCCCGGGCUCUCCGUCAGGCGCACCAAGGACGUGAACGCCGUCGCCGUGGAGCUGGACGGCGUCUUCUCCAUCUCGGCCGGCGCCGUGCCCAUCAUCACCGAAAAGGACGACCGGAUCCACAAGUACGGCAAGACGGACCGCGACAGCCUCGUGCACCUCGAUCUCGGAUUCCAGUUCCAUAACCUCACCGACCACAUCGACGGCGUGCUGGGGCAGACCUACCGCCCUGGCUACGUCACCAAGGUGAACAUCAGCGCCAAGAUGCCCAUCAUGGGCGGCGCACCCAAGUACCUGUCCGAGGGCCUCUUCUCCACUGAUUGCGCCGUCUCCAGGUUCCACCGCAGCGACUCCAUUGCCGCUGCCGGCGCCGUCACCACAUAUGCCUCUUAA